CCAAUCUGAACAGUGCUCAGAAGGUGAAUGAACUGCUGUUGGGAAUGGCCUCCCAGAUUUCAGAGAAGGAAGACAGAAUAGUGGUCGAAGAUCUGAGGGAUUACUGGCCUGGUCCUGGCAAAUACUCCCGCACAGACUAUGUGGCCAGCAGUAUUCAACGUGGCCGAGAUAUGGGUUUACCCAGCUACAGCCAGGCCCUGCAGGCCCUCGGGCUGGAGCCCCCGAAGAACUGGAGUGACCUCGGUGCCCACGUGGACCCCCAGGUGCUGGAGGCCACUGCCGCCCUGUACCACCAGGAUCUGUCCCGGCUGGAGCUGCUCCCAGGGGGCCUCCUGGAGAGUCAUGGGGAUCCUGGACCCCUUUUCAGUGCCAUCGUCCUUGACCAGUUUGUGCGGCUCCGGGAUGGCGACCGCUACUGGUUUGAGAACACCAGGAAUGGGCUCUUCUCUGAGGAGGAAAUUUGGGAAAUUAGAAACACCACCCUGCGGGAUGUGCUGGUCACUGUCACUGGGGUGGACACCAAGACCCUGCAGCACAACAUCUUUGUCUGGCAAGCAGGGGACCCCUGCCCGCAGCCCCAGCAGCUCACGUCGGAAGGCUUGCCCCGCUGUGUGCCCCUCACUGAGCUUGACUACUUUGAGGGCAGCGGCGCAGGCUACGGCCUGGUCAUCGUGGCCCUCUGCUGCUUCCCACUCGUGAGUCUGGUUUUUGCUGGGGUGAUUGCCUAUUUCCGCAACCGAGAGCGCAAGAGGCUGCAAAGGAAAGGCAAAGAGAGUAUGAAGAAGGAGGCAGCCAAAGAUGGAGUGAUGGCGAUGGAGUGGCCAGGCCCCUCAGAGAGGAGCUAUCCUGUCACCGUCCAGCUGCUCCCAGACAGGAGUCUGCAGGUCCUGGACAGACAUCUGGCCGUGCUCCGCACUGUGCAUCUGCAGCCCCCGCAGCAGGUCCACCUCAUCCUGUCCAGCAACCGCGGCUGCCGCACCCUGCUGCUCAAGGUCCCCAAGGAAUACGACCUGGUGCUGCAGUUUAACUCUGAAGAGGAGCGCAGGGCCUUCGUGAAGUUGCUGCAGGACCUGUGCACGUGCUGGGCACUGGGCUUCCACGUGGCUGAGAUGGGCGAGAGCCAGCUGCUCAGGGAGGCGGUGACCAAGCAGCAGCGGGGCCGCAUCCUGGAGGUCUUCUUCAGACACCUUUUUGCUCAGGUGCUGGACAUCAACCAGGCAGAUGCGGGAACCCUGCCCCUGGACUCAUCCCGGAAGGUGCGAGAGGCCCUGACCUGCGAGCUGAGCCGGGCUGAGUUUGCUGAGUCCCUGGGCCUGAAGCCCCAGGACAUGUUUGUGGAGUCCAUGUUCUCUCUGGCUGACAAGGACGGCAAUGGCUACCUGUGCUUCCGGGAGUUCCUGGACAUCCUGGUGGUCUUCAUGAAAGGAUCCGCAGAAGACAAGUCGCGCCUGAUGUUCACCAUGUACGACCUGGAUGGGAAUGGCUUUCUCUCCAAGGAUGAAUUCUUCACCAUGAUGCGGUCCUUCAUUGAGAUCUCCAACAACUGCUUGUCCAAGGCCCAGCUGGCUGAGGUGGUGGAGUCCCUGUUCCGGGAGGCGGGCUUCCAGGGCAAGGAAGAGCUCACCUGGGAGGAUUUCCACUUCCUGCUGCGUGACCAUGACAGCGAGCUCCGCUUCACGCAGCUGUGCGUCAAAGGUGGAGGCAGAGGUUUUGGAGAUGUCUUCAAGCAAAACAGCAACUUCCGGGUCUCAUUCAUCUCUCGGACCCCAGGAGAGCGCUCCAGCCCCUCAGACCUGGCACUCCCAGCCUCAGAGACCCCUGGGCUAAAGAAGAGGUUUGGCAAAAAGGUGCUAGGGCCGCCUGCCCAGCUCUACACGGAGGCACUGCAGGAGAAAAUGCAGCGUGGCUUCACAGCCCAGAAGCUGCAGCAGUUCAAGCGCUUCGUGGAGAACUACAGACGCCAUAUUGUGUGCACUGCCAUCUUCUCAGCCAUCUGUGUGGGCCUCUUUGCGGAACGAGCCUACUACUACGCCUUUGCCUCGCCACCCACGGACAUUGAGGAGACCACAUAUGUGGGCAUCAUCCUGUCACGGGGCACGGCGGCCAGCAUCUCCUUCAUGUUCUCCUACAUCCUGCUCACCAUGUGCCGCAACCUCAUCACCUUCCUGCGUGAGACCUUCCUCAACCGCUACAUCCCCUUCGACGCCGCCGUGGACUUCCACCGCUGGAUCGCCAUGGGCGCUGUCCUCCUGGCCAUCCUGCACAGUGCUGGCCAUGUGGUCAAUUUCUACAUCUUCUCAGUCAGUCCUCCAAGUCUGCUGGCCUGCGUGUUCCCCAAUGUCUUUGUGAAUGAUGGGUCUAAGAUUCCCCCAAAGUACUACUGGUGGUUCUUUGAGACCGUUCCAGGGAUGUCGGGGGUGCUCCUACUUUUGGUCCUGGCCAUCAUGUACGUCUUCGCCUCCCACUACUUCCGCCGCCGUAGCUUCCGGGGCUUCUGGCUGACGCACCACCUCUAUGUCGUGCUCUAUGUUCUGCUCAUCAUCCAUGGCAGCUUUGCUCUGAUACAACUGCCCAGUUUCCACAUCUACUUCCUGGUCCCGGCCAUCAUCUAUGGGGGGGACAAGCUGGUGAGCCUGAGCCGAAAGAAGGUGGAGAUUGGCGUGGUGAAGGCUGAGCUGCUGCCGUCAGGAGUGACCUACCUGCAGUUCCAGCGGCCCCAGAGCUUUGAGUACAAGUCGGGGCAGUGGGUGCGGAUCGCCUGCCUGGCUCUGGGGACCAAUGAGUACCACCCCUUCACACUGACCUCUGCGCCCCAUGAGGACACGCUCAGCCUGCACAUCCGGGCGGUGGGGCCCUGGACCACCCGCCUCCGGGAGAUCUACUCACCCCCAACAGGCAAAGGCAGUGCCAUCUACCCAAAGCUGUACCUCGAUGGUCCCUUUGGAGAAGGGCACCAGGAGUGGCAUAAGUUUGAGGUGUCAGUGCUGGUAGGAGGGGGCAUCGGAGUCACCCCUUUCGCCUCCAUCCUCAAAGACUUGGUCUUCAAAUCAUCCUUGGGCAGCCAGAUGCUCUGUAAAAAGAUCUACUUCAUCUGGGUGACGCGGACACAGCGGCAGUUCGAGUGGCUGGCCGACAUCAUCCGGGAGGUGGAGGAGAGCGACCGCCAGGACCUGGUCUCUGUGCACAUCUACAUCACACAGCUGGCCGAGAAGUUCGACCUGAGGACCACCAUGCUGUACAUCUGUGAGCGGCACUUCCAGAAGGUGCUGAACCGGAGCCUGUUCACGGGCCUGCGCUCUGUCACCCACUUCGGCCGGCCCCCGUUCGAGGCCUUCUUCAACUCCCUACAGGAGGUGCACCCGCAGGUCCGGAAGAUCGGGGUGUUCAGCUGUGGCCCCCCAGGCAUGACCAAGAACGUGGAGAAGGCCUGUCAGCUCGUCAACAGGCAGGAUGGGGCCCACUUCAUGCACCACUACGAGAACUUCUAAGACCGCCCUCCCUGCCUCCUGCUUCCUGGCUCCUGCCCUGGCUCAGUGGCCCACGUUGCUAUCCCUGCUGGCAGUCUCUGCCCC